UAGAGCAUAGAGUCUUAUUGAUUGUUUGUAUAUUUUUAUUUACUACAGCAAGGUUCAAAAACACUAUCUAGGUAGGAAUUUGACCACAGUUUAUUGUAAAUACCAUAGUAUUUAUUGCAUAUAUAUUGCACGGUCCUCUCAGUUGAUCCAAAAAGUCUCAAAACAUUUAAGAUGUAAAGGUAUUACUUUAAAAAAAAAUCAUUUUACACUGCUGACAGGCAGUGACGGAAAGCAGAAGUGUGUUGAUCACGUGGUCGCGCUCAUUUUCACACAUCUCUCAAACUGACAGUGCGCGUGCUCUCUCAUUCUGUUAUAUUUCACUAUGAUGGAUACAGACGAACUGUGCCAAGUCCUUAACCGCGUUUACAGAAAUGAUGCAUGAAUCUGUUUCAUCGCUGAGCAUUACGACAACCAUGAACACCUCUGUGAACUUGUCCUGCGAUCUGCCAUACAAGGAAGACCGGAUUCCUCUAAUGGUGCUUUACAGUGUUGUUUUUGUCAUCGGCUUGCCAGCCAACCUGGUCACCGUCUACCUGACCCUAUACCAAGUGUGUCAUAAAAACAAUUUUGGCAUCUACCUGCUGAGCCUUUCCGUGUGCGAUCUCACCUACCUGUUUACACUGCCCGUGUGGGCCGUGUACUUCAACGAAUACCACGUGUGGCCCUGGAGCUCUAUGGCUUGCAAAGUAACCGGCUAUGUUUUUUUCAGCAACAUGUACAUCAGUAUAUUUCUGCUGUGCUUCAUUUCCAUCGACCGCUAUGUGGCGGUGGUUUAUGCUGUUGAAUCCAGGGGUCACCGGCAUAAAAGGAUCACUGCUUUCAUAGCCAUUUUAGUCUACGUGGUGGUGGGCUUGGUUCACAUUCCCGUCUUUAUCAUGCGGGAGGGGAAUGUGGCCAAGGACAGUCUUCGCUGCUUCGAACCCGGCCAGAGUACUCCGAUUGUAACAGGAUUCAACUACGCCCGCUUCUGCAUCGGGUUUUGCGUCCCUCUGGGCAUUUUGAUUUUCACAAACAGGGCUAUUCUUGCCAACGUUCAGGCCAGCACAGGACUCCUCCCCCAACAGAAAGAAAAAGUUCGCUAUCUGGCUGUGGCAGUCGUGGCUUUGUUUUUGGUUUGCUUCGCUCCUUACCACAUUAUUUUGUUUAUACGUGCCAUUACCUACCACUUCCUUAAGAAACAAGAUGAGUGCAACUUUCAGCGGAGUAUCUACACCUCCUACAAAAUCUCACUGGGUCUGUCCACUUUGAACAGUGCCAUUAACCCCAUUCUCUACGUGCUCUCGAGUAAUAACAUCCGGAAGGAGUUCAGAAUAAGCAUGGAAGCACUCUGUAAACGAAUGAGAUGGCCAUCAACACACAGUAGUCAACAUAACACGCACAGUUCGAAAAGCAAUUCAGGACCUGUUCCCACAAAGGGAGAUGAAGUGAACGCAAUUUGUCCCAUUUCAUGCUAAAAGUAUUCAUUAAUUUGUCAUUUGUUUGCUUGAUGCUUCAGCAGACCUUCAGAGUUUCUAUGACAUUCAGUUUUGUUACACAACAACAACACUUUUUGAGGUAGCUUGAAAUGAGGCACUGAUCUUACAUGACUGGGUAAUUUUCUACUUUCACAAAAAAACUUCUCAUCAAUUUGUGUGAACUGAAUAUCUUGCAUUCGACUACAGCAUGCUUUUUUACCUGUUUGAAUAGCGUGAAAUAGUCUUGCAGUCAACUUUGAAGUUUUUUCUGACCACAAAUCACCCAUUUUAGGCAGGAUGGAACCACGUCACACGUAAAGCACACGUUAAACAGGAUGGAGCAACAUGUUCAACAGUGUGGGCGAUUAUGAGUCUUUACUCAUACAGUCUUUACUCGUAAUUUAUUGGUAAAUUGCAGUUAAUAUGUCAUGUGUGAAACCUUUCUGGUAAAUUAGUGUUGUCAAUUUACCAGUUAGAGAGGAUGUAAGAUAUUUAUCUAUCUAUAACUGUAUCUAUGUGAAUGAAACGACGUCAAACCGUACUGACAGCUUCGGGCCAAUCAUAACGUUCUGUUGAUGACGCAUUCUGUGUACGGACGUUUCCACACGCACGCUGCUUAAAAGUCUAGCGCAACUGAAAUUAACGUCCACAUUUCUUCACCAAAGUUAAAAAAAAAUCUUCACCAAAGUUGUGGACGUACUUAGCACACUUAUUACUGCUGUACAAAAACGCAGGUUGCGUCUCUUCCCAGUUAAAGAGGAACAGUAUGUAAGAAAUUUAUAUCAAUUAAUCAUAAAAAAAAUUGCAGCCCUCAACUGAUGUUUAUGUAUACCAGUUUUGGCCACAAUCCUACAUACUGUUCCUUUAAGUUACGUUUAAAGUCACCUAAGGCAGUGUUGUUCGAUCACGAGCAAUUUCGCGACUGUCAGCAUUUGCCAAACAGAUGCGAAAACAACAAAAUAUGGACCAUGGAUAUGAAGUAUGACGUGGAUUGUUUAAAAAUACAAUACUGAGCUCGCCGCGCUAUACUGAGCUAACUUCUGCUUUCUCACAGAGUUUAGCUGUAUUUUAAUACGGAAGUGUGAAUGAUGUCAUGCUUAUUGGUAAAAAGACGGAACUUCACUGCCUGCAUGAAUAGCAUAUUUUUAUAUUUACUGGUGAAUUUAUUCUGGUAAAUUCAUGGUAAUUUACCGAAAUUACUAUGUUAAAGAGGAUACUGUCAAAUUUGUUAGGUAGAGUAACAUUGAUGACAUCACGUAGUCCAGACUUUAGGAGUCCAUGUGGGUGCACCGGAGUCGUAUUUAGGGACAGACUCGAGCAUCACACCGGAAAUAGGUAGAGAAGUUGCCCGUCAGUGUGAACUUUUCCCUUCCGUCGUCUGAUUGGUCUGAUUGCCCUUUCGCAAGGACUUCUGGGUUGGUAAAGUGCGCGAAGCCUGCUGCUGCAUCAAGGGGGGAAAGGGGGCGCUGAUGAGCACACUUCAAAGCGUAAAAAUGACAGAUGGGACACCCUACAGACUCGUAGACUAAGCGAGAACGUGCAAUUUAAGGCCACGAGACCGAAAGUCCACAUGAAGUGCGCCAUUUGGGACAGGGCCACAGUCUUUGUGUAUGACUGCUGUGAAGCUAUAACAGAGUUUAAUGGUAACAGAAUUGAUACAAGAGGAAUUCAGACAACCGGAAAUCAUGAUUUUUGCUUUUUAAGACAAUUUUUACAAAAAAUAUUAUAUGUUAUGGCCUGUAACAACUUGCGAUCCAUGACAAUAAUUACCAAAUUAAUAAAAUAAUUACAAAUAUAACAAUGUGAAAUGAGAAAAAACUUUGGGCACCAAAUAACCCAUAAGUCUGAAACAUUAAGAUAUUGUUUGCAAACGUAAUAGUAGUAACAAAUAUUUGAGUAUUUUACAGUAAUUUCAUUUACAUUAUAAUUAUUUCCACCAUUUGUAUUCACGUUAUUUUCCACCUCAUUCAUGACUCAUUUGGAGAUGUCUGACUGUGUCAGAAAACUUUUAUUUGCUGGAACGCUCAGGGGUGGCUUCCCAGACAUGGAUUAUCUUAAACCAGGACUAGAGCUUAGUUUAAUUAUAAAAAUAUAACUAGUUUUAACAAACAUGCCUACUAAAAACAUUACUUAUGUGAAUUUUGAUGUAUUUUAAGAUAUGUCAGUGCAAGUUGUUUUUAGUUUUUGACACCUCUUACAUUUAUUUUAGUCUAGUACUAGUCUAAUCCCUGUCCAGGAAACCGACCCUCAAUGUUCAGUUUGGAAAUUAGUCUCUCAUAAUCUGUAGUGACAUUGUUCUCCUAAUAUGAUGGACAACUUUUAUUAGCUAUCUAAAUAAAACUGAAAAAAAACCUCAACUUGUUUACUAGAGCAUUUCUAAGUUGAUCUAUACAAACGCAAAAUAUUCAAAUAUAAAUCACUGAAUGCUGCAUUGACUCUGCAUUGAUCUGUGUGGUUGUGAGAUGUCUGACAGGUCUUCAUAAAUUAAAAAAGCCUUUGUGGUAAAUGCAGCACUACAUGCUACAUGCUUCCUUGUCACGAUUUCACCGCACAAAAAUGUUUUAUGUCUGUCAUACAAAUGUUUCACACGACAGAAAACCACAUGAUCAUCCACUAAGUCUGCUCUCUCACACCUUAUUUUUUUUCUGAUGGUUAUCUCUCACAUCUUAGUCAUAGUUUCCUCCUCUAUCUGCUUGAAGGUGUGAAAUAGCAGCUGUUUCUGGAAAUUAUGUAUCAACUGAACCACAUGUUGUGAAUUAUUUGCAUCUUUGGUUUAAGAAAGAUGUUUUACAUUGAUAGUUUUUAGCUUUGAAAAUGCAUAAUGGAAACCCAGAGCGAGUUGAAUCUUGCUUUUUCUGUAGGGCCAUUACCUUUACCUCACUCUCUCAGGGUCUAUUUUUUCUUUCUGCCACAGUGAGCUUUUCUUCUUGAUAUGUUUCAAGACGUGUGAAUUAUUAAUGUAUAAACAAAGAUAGGCUCUUACUGUCUUUAUCGUCAGAAAGAUCUGUAUUUAUCAUCAGUCUCAUUUCUGCUUUUCUUACUUUAGCCGCCUUUCUCCAUCUGUGGGAUUUUUUAUAAUAUUUUUUAAAAAUUCUUAUUAUCAGUUGUUUAUUUAUUUAUCACAUUAUUUUUAUAUACAGUAUAAGGGGCAUAUCUUUGGUCUGCAUGUGUAAAAACAUUUUAAUGUUUAUUGGACUUCUCUAAGUAUAUUUGUAAUAUGUGAUUGUAGUUUUGUGUUUCAUGCUGAUGUCUAUUUCCACUUUGAUCUCAGUGAUCUCACUGUGGCACAUCCAUUUAUGUUACAUUUAUUUAUAAUAAAAAAUUCUCACAUUAA